GUAGCAGAGUCCACAAUUUUUGAAAAAAAUCUCUCCGUCUCUCUCUCUCUCUCUCUCCCCCUCUCUCUCCGCCUUCACGGCCUUCCGAUCCAAUCCAAGCACCGGCCCAGCUGUAUCCAGCUUCCCUCCCCCACCGGGGCCUCUCUAAGAACCGCCGACACAAUCACAAGCUUCAGCAACCUCCUCGUAAUUCCCACCGCCGCUCUUCUUUUCAAUCUUUCGCUCCAUCCAUGUUCAAAUCUUCCCUUUCGAGUUAAACCCAUUUCUAUAUUUGUUAGUGGGUUACCGACGGUUUCUAACCCCCUCCUCUUUGCGCCUGCGAUGAACUAGGCUCCGAUUGGUUCGUUGAUUCCUUAAGCUAAUUUCCCCCAUUUUCGCAGCCAUGGCCGCCGAGGCUCCGAGUUGGCACGAGGGUAUGUCCUCGGAUAAUAUCAAAGGCCUCGUUCUUGCGCUUUCUUCCAGCUUCUUCAUCGGUGGGAGCUUCAUUGUCAAGAAGAAGGGGUUGAAGAAGGCCGGAGCGUCAGGAAUCAGUGCAGGAGCGGGCGGAUUUACUUACUUAUACGAGCCAUUGUGGUGGUUGGGCAUGAUAACAAUGAUUGUUGGAGAAAUUGCUAAUUUCGUGGCGUACGCAUUUGCACCCGCCUUACUAGUCACUCCUCUCGGAGCUCUCAGCAUAAUAAUCAGUGCUGUUCUUGCUCAUAUCAUUUUACGAGAGAAGCUACAUAUUUUUGGAGUUCUUGGUUGUGUUCUAUGUGUCGUUGGCUCCACGGCCAUCGUUCUUCACGCUCCCCAAGAGCGUGAAAUAGAAUCCGUGACAGAACUUUGGCAAAUGGCAAUGGAGCCAGCCUUUCUUUUGUAUGCGACUCUGGUCAUAACCUGUGCAAUUAUACUUAUAUUCCACUUUAUACCUCAAUAUGGCCAGACACACAUAAUGGUUUAUAUUGGAGUUUGUUCCCUUUUAGGCUCUUUAUCUGUUAUGGGUGUUAAAGCUCUUGGAAUUGCCAUGAAGUUGACACUAUCUGGAGUCAAUCAGCUCGUUUAUCCCCAAACUUGGAUUUUUGCUAUAAUUGUAGCUACAUUUUUGCUUACUCAGCUGAAUUAUCUGAACAAGGCGCUUGAUACCUUCAACACUGCUGUUGUGUCUCCCAUAUACUACGUGAUGUUCACAUCCCUGACCAUUUUGGCAAGUGUUAUCAUGUUUAAGGAUUGGGAUAGGCAGAGCCCAACACAAGUGAUCACAGAAUUGUGUGGCUUUGUGACUAUUCUUUCAGGGACCUUUCUUCUUCACAAAACAAAGGACAUGGUUGAUGGCGUACCGACGUCAUUGCCAAUACGACUUCCCAAGCACGUGGAGGAGGACGGAUAUAAUGGUUUGGAAGGCAUACCUCUAAGACGGCAAGAAUCCAUGAGGUCUUGAGCCUUCUCAAUUGGAUCAUAUUCUUUGAGAAAAACUGGUAUAGAAGUGGGGAAUGCUUUCGUUUUGGUUCUCUUUCCCUACGUCUAUGCAGUUUCAGCAAUUACAUUGUUCAUACAAAUUCUGUCCCCUUAUAUGAACAGGACUGUAAUUUUACAACCAUUAUUUACAAAUGGACUAAUUUGAGAAACACCAA